GACCGAGAAACAGAUGAUUUUAGCGGAUGGUCCAACAUUUAUGGUCAGUGAUCGUACAGUGACACUCUCCACUAAUGCAAGCAGGGUGAGAAAAUUAAAGGCGGCUGUUAACAGUCGUGAGUGAUACUGCUGGGCUUUUAAACAAUGCAGGUAAGUGCUUACAUAUAAACGAUUCUUGUUCAUUGAUGAUGGUUGAGUAAAAUAGACUCCUGGGCGCUAUUCGGGACAGCAUUUGCUAUUAUGGGUUACGGGGGAAAGGUCGAUCAAUAUGGAACGGUAAUCUAUGAAUAGUAUUAAGCAGGUUGUUGAAAGAGUGAUUUUGGAAGCCUUCAGAUGUGCUGGGUGUAAUGGCACGUGACAAACACGUGACAUCACUGGAGUCACUUGUAGUGAUAAUCUGCAACUUACUCAACCAAUCACGUUGAUAUCUCCUAAAUUGUUGAUUGAGAUUUAUAAUCCGGAACUAUUUUAAUAUUGAGGUAACUUGGGAACAUGUCCAUGACUCCUUGAAAACAGGAUGAGAUGAGACACAGGGGUACUCCUGUUCCCCCAUAAUAGCCGAAGAUACAAGGUGGAGCCCAGCACUGCUGGCCCCAAUCUGACCCAUAAAAUGUCAUGGCUCCACUUGUUGAAAUGUCUACGCGGACGCUGAGAGAGAUCGUGAACACUCAUAUAACCCUACGUUCAAAAUGGUAAAGAUUGUACUUGCUGGUGGCGCUGGAAAUGUUGGACGGGAAGUUUUGGAGGCACUUUUAGCGGAGGGUAAACAUGAGAUCAAAGUAUUCUCCCGAAAAGAAGUUCCAGACUUAUCCUCGGAAGGAGUUACAGUCAACGUUGUGGAUUAUUCAGACAAAGCAGCACUUGUGAAUGCACUCGAGGGAGUCGAUACGGUUCUCUCGUUCAUCAUUACAUUUAAUGAUCCCAAUAAUCAAUCUCAAAUAAAUCUCAUUGAUGCAUGUAUCGAAGCCGGUGUUCGUCGGUUCGCACCUAGUGAGUGGGCUACCAGAAGUCACUACGGAAUGCCCGCAUAUGAGGGAAAAGAUCAAGUAUAUGAUUAUCUUCGAGAAAUCAAUAAGGAAAAAAAGGUUUUGGAGUUCACUUUGUUUCAGUGUGGAUUGUUCUUGAAUUAUUUCAGUUACCCACAUCCUUCGGCGAAAUUCAUGCAAAUUUUUCCAAUGCCGAUAGAUGUUGAGAACUGUAGAGCUAUCAUCCAUAAGGAUACAAAGGCCCAAAUCACUUUGACCUCCGUGCAAGAUUUGGCAAGAAUUGUUACUAAGGCAGUGGACUAUGAAAGCGCAUGGCCAGAAGUCAGCGGAGUUCGUGCAAAUCAAAUGCCGGUUUUGGACUUCAUUAAGCUUUGUGAGAAGAUUAGAGGAAAAAAGUUCAUCGUGGAAUCUGUUGAAAAGAGUGACUUGGAAAAGGGGAUACUUACAUCUUCCUGGUUCCCUGUCAUCGUGCACUCUUCGGUUUCGGAGGAUCUUAGAGAUGCCUUUUCACAGAGCUAUUUUUCGGCGUUCAUAUUGGCACUUGAGCGUGGUGGCUGGAACGCAUCCAACGAAUGGAAUGAGUUGUUACCAAAAUUUUGCUUCACAUACGCUGAAGAGUUUCUGUCCAAUGUGUGGAAACAUGGGCCAUGAUCAGUUCAAGAAAUAGAGAUUAGGUUUGAUAGCGGGAGAAUCUUAAGUCCUGCUAAAUACUUAAGAUUUAGUCCAGUUAAUUGAUUGAUUUCUACCUUA